AUGGCGAUAUGGCCGUUUGGUCGCAAGAAUAAGCGCCACACGAUUCAAGUGAGCGCCGAUGAGGCCAGCGUGCUUCAGCAUGCCCUGGACGAGCACGAGCACGAGCACGAUUCGCCCGCUCCCGUCGCGGAACCAACCUUGGGCCGUAAACCUUCCCGCCGGGUUUCCAAACGCCACAGCAGACGCUGGUCGCGUAGUGGUGAUGGCUCCGACAGCCAGGGGGCAACUGGCCAGACAACCUCGUCGCAGCGUCCGAUUUCCUCUAUCGAGCACCGCCGCUUGUCCGAGGCUGACCAUGAUCGCGCCGGUCCAGAACAGACCUACCCGCGACCGAUGUCAAGGGCAGGAUCCCUGUUGAAGAGGCAGAACCAAAGCGGACCUAACAAGCUUCGCAAAAGCAAGCGACAGACCCAUGAGAUUUUGCGCGAGCGUGAGAUCAAGCUGUUGUCGUCCACCCCAAUCGAUAUCCCACGCCGAUCAACUCAACCCGUAGGCAGCGACUAUGAACACCGGCAUCGUGGGCGACGCGCUGAUCGCUAUAUGUCAGAUAUCAGUCUGUCUAUUCGCAACUCGGCCGCAUCUUCCAUCUCGGACGUCUCCGAUCCUUUCACCUACAAGGUCAACGCGUUUGCUGCAUUGACUCCGCGUCCCGUGGUCCGUUAUGUCGAGACACCACGUCUACCCACCACGCGAAGCAACAAUACUACAACAGGCCCUGGAGGACCGGACAGUGAGCGACACCCGACCCGAACCACCUCCGGGGACGAUUUGUACUACUCGAGGCGGCGUGUGAAUGAACUGGCGGACUCUUUGGAUGCUAGUACUCUGCGAGAAUUACUCGAACGCGACCGUCGCCGUCGGGAGAAGAAACAGCUGGAAGACCAAGAAAAGCUACGUCGCAAGUUGCAGGAACGCGCCGAUGCGCAAGCCGCAGAAGAGCGUCAGCAGGCGAUUGAAGAGACCCGGCAGACCCAGGAGGUUGAACCCGAAGAAGCUCCCGCCAUCGAAGCUCCCGACGCAAUUGCAGUUGAGCAGCAUGAUAUCAUUGUAGAGGAGCCCAUAGCUGAAGAGUCCGAAGAGUCCGAAGAUGCAGCACCUGCAGAGCAGUCGGGUACAUGGCUACAGGAUGAGUCGAAGGAGAGUGAGGAUGCCGUGCGCGAGUCGCUUGAGAGUGUCCAUGUAAUUGGGAACAUUGACGACAGAUCCAUCCGGGAACCCAAGCUGGCCAACCGACCCAGCUUUGCUCCCUCGCAUGAGAUGGGCAUGUCGCGAACCACCCUCUCUCCAUCUCAGUCAUCUCUCCGACAUGGAAUCAGCAGUCCCAGCCAUUCCCAAACCUAUGGUGUUGGUUCUGCUUCCGACAUCUCCGAGCGUCGCCCGUCUGACACCAGCGGUCGCCGAGGAGGAAACACCAUCACUUCCCUCUUCCGACGUGGUUCAUCCCGAAUCAAGCGACGAUACAAGGAACGAUUCCAAGACUCGAGUCCUGAUGUCUCUAACGCUUCUCACGAGUCUUUCUACCGCAUUCAAACCCAGUCUUCGCCUCCACCACCCUCCAUUAUUCCUCCCCGAGCUUUCAUUGCUACUGGCACCGUGAAUCGCCCGCAUUCCAAAUUCACAGAACACUUUGGCGACGAGCCCAUGUCCCCUCCAGACUCGCGUCUUCAAUCGCCAGAUAUCCCUGAGCAGGUGCCCGAGUCCUCGCUAGAAAACGAAGAAAGGACCACUUUCCUGCACGGCCCAACUCCUCCCUUUGUGGGCGUUGAUAUUGUGAACCCGAAGAACCGUCGCCAUCUCUCCCUAGGCGAUAGCUUCGACGAAGCUGACAACCUUCCCCUUUCUCAGUCCUUGGCAUCUAUCGAUUCAGAAGGAUCAUGGAUGUCGGGUCAGUUCUUCCGCCGGAUGUCGCAAAAGGCCCCCAGCAGCCCCAUCCGCCCCAUGACCUCGUUUAGCGCCGCCAUGGACAGCCCGGUCGAGACACACGAUGAUGUCCGUGACUCAAUCGAUUUCCGUCGAGAUAGCAGCAACAUCAUGGGCGAGCCGGAGCUACUAGACAACGAUGAUGUUUCUGCGAACGACGCCAACAAGACCGCGGAGACCUGGCACCACAGCGAUGUCGCCCGCCGGCCAAUCCUGGUCAACCCCGGUUCUCGUCCCAAGUCCACGGCUGCCAUACUCAAGACCUUCCCUUCGUUGUCUCCCAUUUCUGCUGAGGAGGACUACGUGGAAGAGGACCAGGAUGGAGACAAGUUGAUGACCACUACUCCUCAACCGCAGCGCGUGGCUAGUGUCCAUGGUGUUAUCUGCAAUGCCGAGGAUGAGUAA